UCUACCAAGACUAGAAUUUUUAGAUUUUUAUUGUUAUUAAAAUAUAUAACCUAUUCUUUAAUGAUUCGGUGCUAUUUAUUUAAAAUUAAUAUUUUAAUUAAGUGGAAGCGAAUAAUCUAAGGAACAAAAUGAGCUUUUUGUUUGGCAGCCGGUCAAACAAGACUUUUAAGCCAAAGAAGAACAUCCCAGAGGGCACCCACCAAUAUGAUCUCAUGCGGCAUGCGGCGGCGACCCUGGGCUCGGGCAACCUGCGGCUGGCCGUCAUGCUGCCUGAGGGGGAGGACCUCAACGAGUGGGUCGCCGUCAACACUGUAGACUUCUUCAACCAGAUCAACAUGUUGUACGGCACAAUAACAGAGUUCUGCACAGAGGAGUCGUGUGCGGUGAUGUCUGCGGGGCCCAAGUACGAGUACCACUGGGCCGAUGGACACACCGUCAAGAAGCCCAUCAAGUGCUCCGCGCCCAAGUAUAUUGACUACCUGAUGACGUGGGCGCAGGAUCAACUCGAUGAUGAAACACUCUUUCCCUCCAAAAUAGGUGUGCCGUUCCCCAAGAACUUCCUGGUGAUGGCGAAGACGAUCCUGAAGCGGCUGUUCCGCGUGUACGCGCACAUCUACCACCAGCACUUCCCCGAGGUGGUGCAGCUCGGUGAGGAGGCACACCUCAACACCUCCUUCAAGCACUUCAUCUUCUUUGUGCAGGAGUUCAACCUGAUCGAGCGACGCGAGCUGGCGCCGCUGCAGGAGCUCAUCGAGAAGCUCACCGCCAAGGAGGCGCGAUGAGGCCGCACACCACCCUCCCCCUCACUACCCUCCCCAACACUCCUCCCGCCUCCCCACUCCCUCUCACUCUCACUCUGUCACAUCUCUUCUCCAUCAUCUACUCUUACCUUAAUUAUACAGAAAGCGAAAAAUGUGAAUGCUAUCACAAUAUUACAUGGCCAUAGAAAUGAAACGAAAUGGACUUUACAAUUUUAAUACGCUAUUUGACUGAAUACAGAGUGCCUAGUUACUCUCUCCGAUUUUUUAUAUAUGAACUCCAAAGUGUAGCGAAAUAAAAGCGAUAAACGGAAAUUCCUUAAUAAUAACUGAGUUUUAUAUGACAGUCGAGAAGCCGCGCUCGACGCCCGACCACUGCCUUAGCGCUCGCGAGAGAUUACGUGUUUAUAAUAUGUAAAGAGGAUCUAGAUUUGAUACAGAAAUAUAUCAAUUAUUAUAAGAUGUGGGACGAUUCAUCAUUUGCAGUUCCGAUCGCGUCCCGUUAUAUAUAAGAAUAGAUUAAACAUUACUUAUUUAUAUUACUUAAACUUAUCUGUUUUUUUUAAUCAAAUUGUAUUACUUUUUUUUUUAUAACUCGAAUGGAAAAAAUAACAUUGUUUAUUUGACAGAAAUAACCUGUGAAAAUUAUUAUAAAAACAUUUAUUUGCUGUUUCAACUAUUUUCGGCAUGUUCAUUAUAAUGAUUAAUGACGUCUUUAAUACUGUGUUUGUUUUCUUAUCACUGCAGACUUAUCAAUAAGUAAACAAAUAAAAAAAGAAGCGUGUGUGCCGAGCACACGUGUCAGAAGUGAAACUUCUUUGGCAACAUUCAAAGAUACAAAAAUCGUCGCCUAAGUCCAUGACGUGACGGUAUUGCCAUGACGUGAUAUUGAAAUUUUACUCUCAACUCGCCUAAAGAAGUUUCACUUCAAAAACUUAACGCGGCAAAAGUUUGAAACGAAUUAGUUUAAGUUCCUUAUUUAUUUAUUGUGAUGAAUUGAACUCGAGUGCACGAGCAUUCGAGUUACACUUAAUUUAGUUUAUAUUAUAUUUGUAGAGAGCACUCGGUGUAUAAGUUUAUUUAACAAAAUAUCUCAUAGUUUAAGUGUAGAUAUUGAAUGCAUUUCAUUUACAUUUGUUGAUUUAGUGUACACUCACAUAGUACGAUUUAUUUAUAAUGAUUUUGUAUUUGAAGCAAAUGUAUUAUAUGGAAUAUCAAAUA